GACGGUAAUGGAAGGCAACAGCGCUUUUCUGCCGCAAGAGAUCAUCGUCAACAUUCUCAAGAGACUUCCUGUGAAAACCCUAAUUCGAUUUCAGUGUGUCUGUAAAAACUGGAAAAAUCUCUUGAAGGAUCCAUUGUUCAUUGCAGAUCAACUCCGCCACUCCAGUCAUCGACCUUAUUUUCUCGUCCAACAACUCUAUCGGACAAACAAUUCGUUGUACUUGUGUUCAUUCGAUCGCGACUUUCAACUCCAUGAAGCUCAUAACCCUCCUCUGAUUGAUUACGACUUGUCCAGUUCUGAUAGUUUUUCAGUUGUUCGGAUGAUCGGUUCCAGCAACGGCUUGCUCUGCGUUGAACUCUGUGAUCAUUAUGUGUCUCCUCAUAAGCUUCUAGUGUGGAAUCCAGCUAUUAAGGAGGUGACAGAGGUACCCCAAGCUACUAAUUUUACGAGUUCGGCUUCUACCAUCAAUUCUCCCAUUUUUGACGGCUUGGAUUCUUAUAUGGCGGAGGUUACAAUUGGGUUUUUUUUUGAUGAGUGGUUGGAGUUCCAUGUUCUGUGUUCUGAUUCAGCACAUUUGGCGAAUUAUUCAGUGCUUACUGGCUCCAUGGUGAGUUCUGAUCCUAUAAAUGGGUUUGGUGCUUCAACUGUUGUGGAUUCUGACACCUUAUUGAUGACGAUGAGCAAGAUUUGUGUUGAAGAUGACAUUCUCAAAAAACACGAUGCACCCCACCUUGUGAAGCCGACUUGCAGUUGUUACAACUCUGCUCAGUGACUCUCUGAUGCGCUUACUAAUGCAGCUCUAUUAAAUUCUUUUAAGCUCCCAAGGCUUAUGCUUGGUGCUUUGAAAAACCAUGGGUACUUCCUCAAUUUAUUAAAUUCUAAACCAUUGGCUUUCGAAUGUUAUGCCUAUGCCUUACCUAUUCCCCUGUUGUCUGGUUUUACAGAUGUUGGUCAUUGUUGUUUAUCACAUAGUCGCUUACAUAUACAGUUGGUGUUUGAUCCCGGGCCCUCAAUCCUUGUUCAAUUCUUAACUACUGAUUUGUGGCCAUGCCUUGUACUUUUUGGGU